CGUCUUAGCUUCCAAACCUCUUUAUCACUAUAUAAACUAUAAGAUCGUUAACGUUGGGUUCCCAUGCAAGUUUUAACAUUGACAAAAGCAUUUUCAUAGGAGAAAUUGGAGAAAAAUGCAUCUUUCUAAGGCUAUAGUUGCAGCUUUUUUCUUUGUAGUUUUGCUUGGAGGAACAUUGGCUCAUGGCCAGCUUACUCCAACAUUUUAUGACCAGACAUGUCCAAAUGUGAGCAGCAUUAUCCGUGAUGUCAUUACGGAGACAUUGGUAUCCGAUCCUCGGAUUGCAGCCAGCCUCAUCAGGCUCCACUUCCAUGACUGCUUUGUUAAUGGCUGUGAUGGUUCGCUUUUGUUGGACAAUACUGAUACUAUCGAGAGCGAAAAGGAAGCCGCAGGGAACAACAAUUCUGCAAGAGGUUUUGAAGUUGUUGAUAGAAUGAAGGCUUUGUUGGAGAGUGCCUGUCCUGCUACUGUUUCCUGUGCUGAUAUACUCACUAUUGCAGCUGAAGAAUCUGUUGUUUUGGCAGGAGGUCCAAAUUGGACAGUUCCAUUAGGAAGAAGAGAUAGCACAACAGCAAGCCGAGCUGCAGCAAAUGCUUCCCUUCCAGCCCCUUUUUUACCCCUUGAUCAACUCAGAGAGAGCUUCACUAAUGUCGGCCUUAAUAAUAAUACUGAUUUGGUAGCUCUAUCCGGUGCUCACACAUUUGGGAGGGCACAAUGUUCUACGUUCGACUUCCGAUUGUUUGAUUUCAACAGCACCGGUGCUCCUGACCCAUCACUGGACCCAACUCUUCUAGCAGCUCUUCAGGAAUUAUGUCCCCAAGGUGGAAAUAGGAGUGUGAUAACAGAUCUUGAUCUCACAACACCUGAUGCCUUUGACAGUAACUACUACUCCAAUCUGCAAGGUAACCGAGGCCUGCUUCAGACUGAUCAAGAACUGUUUUCAACUCCUGGGGCAGAUGAUGUCAUUGCAAUUGUUAACGCUUUCAGUGCUAAUCAAACAGCUUUCUUUGAAAGCUUUGCGGAGUCCAUGAUAAGAAUGGGAAAUCUCAGCCCUCUGACAGGAACUGAAGGAGAGAUCAGAUUGAACUGCAGGGUAGUCAAUGCAAACCUGGCUGGGCCAGAUAGCAUGCUUGUUAGCUCAAUUUGAAUGAAAGGCUAUGUGCCAAGAAGCAGGUGAUAAUAAGCGAUCAUAUGCGCUGUAAUAUAUAUCAGAGUGAUGAAAAAUGAAUACCAAAUGGAGUCUUGUUGACA